AUGAGCAAGUUCGGUGUCAUGGUCAUGGGUCCGGCGGGCGCCGGAAAGUCCACGUUCUCGGCUGCCCUCAUUACCCACCUGCAGCUGAACCGCCGCUCCUCCUUCUACGUCAACCUCGACCCGGCCGCCGAGACCUUUGAGCACACGCCCGACCUCGACAUCCGCGACCUCAUCUCGCUCGACGACGUCAUGGAGGAGAUGGGCCUCGGCCCCAACGGCGGCCUCAUCUACUGCUUCGAGUUCCUCAUGGAGAACCUUGAUUUCCUGACGGAGGCGCUCGAGUCCCUGACGGAAGAGUACCUCAUCAUCUUUGACAUGCCCGGCCAGAUCGAGCUCUACACGCACGUGCCCAUCCUGCCAUCGCUCGUCAAGUUCUUGACGCGCGCCGGUUCCCUCGACAUUCGCCUGUGUGCCGCCUACCUGCUCGAGGCCACGUUCGUCGUCGACCGCGCCAAGUUCUUCGCCGGCACGCUGAGCGCCAUGAGCGCCAUGAUUAUGCUCGAGGUGCCCCACCUGAACAUCCUCAGCAAAAUGGACCUGGUGCAGGGCCAGGUGCGCAAAAAGGACCUCAAGCGCUUCCUGACGCCCGACGUGCAGCUGCUCGAGGACGACCCGGCGGCCGCAGCCGCCGGCAUCGACGACAGCGAGGCCGUCGCGGCCGACCCGCAGGACAAGGCGCAGCUGAUGCGCGGCACGAGCUUCCGGCGGCUGAACCUGGCGGUGGCGAACCUGAUUGACAGUUUCAGCAUGGUGUCGUACUUGAAGCUGGACGCGUCGAAUGAGGACAGCGUGGGCGCGAUCCUGAGCUACAUUGACGAUUGCAUCCAGUUCAACGAGGCGCAGGAGCCCAAGGAGCUCAAGGACGACGAGUUUGACGAUGAGGAGAUGUAG